CUGAUGCGCAAAGGGCGCCACCGCAACCAACAAACAUCUCGGCCAAUCUUGUGCGCCCCCAAGGCCUCGAAUCCUCCUUUUUUCCCAUUCUGCCAUUUUCUUGGGCUGCCACGCUGCUUGCUGCUGGUCCCCGAUAUUCAUCCUUCUGGGCCUAGCCCUCGAUCCUAUCUGUUCAUUGGCACCGAGCGCCCCCCCAAAAAGGUCUCGCAUCAUCCCAUCGCUCCACCACAGGAGGCGAGGCCACCGCCAGCUCUGCAUCCUCUGCACGCACACGGUGCCAUAAGCAAGCCGCGGUGCGGCAGUGCGGCGCAGUGAGCGAGUAGAUACAGUGACACAGAACUAGAGCUCAUACGCUCUAUCCAGCAGCGCGAAAACAUGGCGUCCAACGGCUAUUACCAGCAACAACAGCCUUACUACGGCCAACAGCCCUACGGGGCGCCGCCACCGCAGCAGUCGUAUCCCCCCUACCCUCCGCAGCCACCUCAGUACGGCUCCUACCCUCCGCCCCAGCAACCACAGCACGGCGAGCAGCCUUAUGGAGCGCCUCCCCCGGGCCCGCCUCCCCCAGGCCCGCCGCCGCCGCAGCAAUCCGCACCGAGCUAUGCCGCGCCCAAUUUCAACCCCGACGAGAAGCAGUCCUUUGAUCAGACGUUCAAAGUACAGGGUGGCCCCAAGUGGAACGAUCUGUGGGCUGGAAUACUGUUCAUCGUCUUUGUCCUGGGCUUUAUUGUAGUGUCUGUAAUCUCGCUGCGCGGAUACUCAAGCUCGGAACCCGGUGGUGGGGGAAUCAACAAUGGUAACGCAUUCACACUCUCGAGGAGUACCAUCAUCCUGUUCGCCUUUGUGCUGGCAGUAGCCAUCGUUCUCAGCUACCUCUACGUGCUCCUGGCGCGCAUGUUCCCCAAGCUGUUUAUCUGGGUUACCGGCAUCCUCAACAUCAUCUUUGGCUUCGUCACCGCCAUCUACUUUCUGUACCGCAAGCAGUAUGUCGGGGGGAUCAUCUUCCUGAUCUUCUGCGUGUUCCUGGUCAUCGCCUUCAUCUCGUGGAUUCCGCGUAUUCCGUUCAGCGCCCUGAUGCUGCGGACGUCUGUCGACGUCGCCAAGAAGCACGGUCACGUCUGGAUGGUCAGCGCCCUGGGCGGGUUAAUCGGCGCCGCCUUUGGCGCCUGGUACGCGGUCACGCUGGUGGCGGUAUAUGCCAGCUACACACCCGAUAGUCGGAACCCGAACUGCCGUAGUGGUGGCUGCAGCCAGGGCAAGGUCAUCGGCCUGGUUGUGUUCCUAACCUUCACGGCCUUCUGGAUCUCCGAGUGGCUCAAGAACACGAUUCAUACCACAAUCAGCGGUGUCUAUGGCAGCUGGUACUUCUGCUCGCGCAACUACCCGCAGCGUGUCACGCGCGGAGCCCUCAAGCGAUCCCUGACGUACAGCUUUGGCAGUAUCAGCCUUGGUAGCUUGAUUGUGGCCAUCAUUAACUUCCUCCGCAUGCUCUGUUCCAUUGCUCGUCAACAGGCGGCGGCCGACGGCGACAUCCUCUCGUGCAUCCUGUUCGGCUGCCUCGGCUGCAUCAUUUCUCUUCUGCAGUGGGCUGUCGAGUUUGUCAACCGCUAUGCCUUCUCGCACAUUGCGUUGUACGGCAAGGCGUACUUUGCUGCGGCCAAGGACACGUGGACUAUGAUCAAGGAUCGCGGCAUCGACGCGCUCGUCAACGAGUGCCUUAUCGGCCCCGUUCUCAGCAUGGGUGCCAUGUUCGUGGCGUUUGCCUGCGCGCUGCUGUCGUUCCUGUACCUGACCUUCACGAACCCGUCGUACAACACGGGCGGCUCAUUCACGGUGCCCAUUGUGGCGUUUUCUUUCCUCAUUGGCCUCCAGAUUUGCAAUGUCUUCACGACGCCCCUCAGCAGCGGUAUCGAUACCAUCUUUGUCGCAACGGCCUGGGACCCCGAGGUCCUGAUGCGGGACCACCCCGACAUCUACCACCAGAUGGUUGCCGUGUACCCGGAGGUUCAGCAGGCGAUCCAUGCCUAAGUGCGCGGAUAAUGGAUGGUCUGGCGGUGGAGGGAGAUGUGUGCAACACGGUACCUAUGACUACCACGCUGGACGGCAGAGAGUUGCACGUAAUUUACCUAUGCCUCGAGUUUUUUUGCGCCUCAUACAACGAGGUUAAAAGCCCAGGCUAGGAGUUUUUUUUUUUUGCUUUUGG